GAGUGAGGCGAUUGGUCGAAAGAGUGGAAGAAAUGGACAUAAAGAAAAGCUCUGGAAUUGACGAAGAGCGCGUGUGCAACGUGCUGGAGCUUACACCAUCAGCAGAUGGAUGCAACUAGUGUCAGACAGUUAGUAUUCCGAGUUCUAGUCAGUUACGCGGCGAAUGUGAAAACUUCAACAUAGUGAUCCAAAAAAAAAGUUUCUCAGUUCUCUCUUUCUUUUUCUUUAAAUUUUAAGAUUGUGAUCAUAUUUAAAAUAAUAAGCAUUAAUUGAGCUUUAUAAGAAAACGCAACGAAAAAAUUACUAAAGCAUUAUGCGGUACAAACACAUCACUCUUGUCGGUGCAUCACUAAUUACGGCACUCUGCAUAUUAUCUGGACUCAUGUACUACUUCAAUCAAGACAAGUGUCCUGUCGGUACGUUCUUGUGUAAUCAGAGCACUACAUGCAUGCCACAACAUAGCUGGUGCAAUGGCAAACUAGAUUGUCCAUAUGGUGAUGAUGAAUCCACGGAAAAUUGCUUUGACAUGCACGGAACUUGGGAUUGGUUUAUGAAAAAGAGAGACUGGGGAAACUCGGAGUAUUGCGCAGAUGCAUUCGAGGACGCACUAGGUAGAUGUGUCUAUGAUACAUGUCGUGUGACUUGUAUGAAUUAUACCGAAAUACCGCAGAACUUGUCAUCGAACGUCACAGCGAUUUUCUUGACCGAAAAUUUACUUACGUAUCUGUCCCGUAAUGCAUUAUCAAGAUAUCCAGAAAUACGCUUAUUAUAUUUUGAUAGUAACAAUAUAUUCGAGUUGGAAAAAGGAGCAUUCCUUCACCAAACUAAGUUGUUUUGGUUAAUUCUCACGAAUAAUAAAAUCAAAGAAAUAUUACCUGGACAUUUAACGGGGUUGGAUAGAUUGGAAACCCUGAGAUUGGAUCAAAAUAGAAUUGUGAUGGCAAAUUAUGAUUUGGAAAACAGUACCACUGCAUACUUGAUAAAUCUAAGUAAGAACAUGUUGACGGCAUCUACCCUGAAGCUACCACAAUUACCGGUAUUGACAGAAAUAAUAUUGGAUGGAAAUCGCUUCGAGUCGAUAACGGAAGAUUUAUUCGCCGGAUGCCCCGGUUUGAAAUCACUGAGUAUGGAGGACAAUAGCAUAAGCAACAUUGAUGAGAACGCGUUUCGAAAUUUGCAACAACUUGUCGAGCUUAACUUGGCCUAUAACAAAAUAAUCAGGAUACCGUCAACCGUGUUCCAGCCUGUAAAUAAUCUAUCGAAGUUAUUAAUCGGUUACAAUCCUAUCGUUGAAUUAUCAAUGACGCUCUUUAAUCCGUUGAAAAAUCUUCGAUCUCUAAGUGUCGAAGACAUAAAUAUGGAUGAUAUGGAAAAUGCAUUCAACAUGUUUUCAAAUCUUGAUUUUGUAUACUUCAAGAAAUUCCAUUACUGCAUGACCUAUGCACCAAAGGUACAAAAAUGCAGACCCAUUAGCGAUGGUGUGUCAUCAACGUCCCAUUUGCUCAGCAAAUCUCUACUAAGAGCUGCUGUUUGGAGCAUAUCUUGUGUAACUUGUCUCGGUAACAGUCUUGUUCUGUGGGGAAGAUUUACCGCCAAGGAUGAAAACCGUGUUUUAAGUAUUGUUAUCAGAAACCUUGCAGUGUCCGACAUGUUGAUGGGAAUAUAUCUCUUCAUAAUCGCUAUAGAAGACGCGAGGUUCCGCGAUAACUACCAACAGGAGGCGAGUACGUGGAUGUCCUCGUGGUCCUGCACAUUUCUAGGAGCAUUGGCGAUGAUGUCAUCCGAAGUUUCUGUGCUCAUCCUGUCAUUCAUGUCCGUGGAGCGAUUUAUUUUGAUCGCAGCACCUUUGAAACGGCAUCGCCCAAUGACGUAUCACACUGCAUCUUCAUCGAUGAUCAUCAUCUGGAUUAUAGGAUUCAUCCUGGCUCUUGUACCAGUUAUCCACUGGAGAAGCAGUACGAGAUACUACGGUGUCAAUGGAAUGUGCUUUCCUCUACACAUAGACGAUCCAUAUCUAAUAGGCUGGGAAUAUUCGGCCUUUAUCUUCCUGGGACUUAAUCUUUUCGGAUUGAUGAUUAUCAGUUACGUUUACGCUGCCAUGUUCGCCAGCGUCUGGAGAACGCGCCACGCCACACCGUUAUCGGUCGGCGAUUCCGAGUUCGCUCUCAGAUUCUUCCUAAUCGUAUUGACAGAUGCGGCAUGUUGGGCACCGAUUAUAGGAUUGAAGAUUCUCGCCAUGAUGAACUAUCCUGUUGCACCUGAUUUGCACGCUUGGAUAGUGAUCUUUAUUCUGCCAGUAAAUAGCGCGAUUAACCCGCUGUUAUAUACUUUUACCACGCCAAAGUUUCGCGAAAGAUUCAACGAGAGUUGGUUCGGAAAGAUGCGCAUAUAUAUGUCAAGAAAAUAUUCUAAACAAGAUUCGCAGACAUCGGAUAUCAACAAAACUAGGAUUAUUGAUAAAAACAUGAUAUAAUCAUUAUGGAUCAGACAUAAUAAUGACAGAAGAAGAAUAUUAUCAUUCGUUGAUUUUGUUGAUGAAAAAAUUCUAUUCGAGAAUCAGGAUUAAAAAAUUAAUCAAUUGUCUAAUAUUUAUAUUGCACUUCUUUACUAUACGUUUCAUAAUUUAUUACCGCUAAUAAUUUUUCGUGCGCAUUAGAGAGGCAAUAGAUUGUAGUUACAACUGAGAAUUAUAAAACUUCGUGUAUCAUAUGUAUAUCCACCAUAUGUAUAUAUAAUAGAUUAGCUUAUUGUUAGAACAAGAGUAAAAUUCUCUAAUUCGAUAAUCAUUAAAGAAGAAAAAUAUUUGUGUAAAUAAUUUGAAUUAAAUCACUUUAAAUUGUAAAUGCACCCCCUCGAAGAAAUCUUCUUUAGUAUAACACAAGA